UCAUCAUGUCAGUGCUAGUUCUGCAUAUUUAUAUGUCAUUCAUGUCAACCAACAUACCCUGAGAAAGCCUUUUAAUUCCUUACUCUCUACAAUUUUUACAGUCCGGAAUGUUAUAAGGAUAGAAUUAAAGAUGGAUAUUAAGUUUACUGCAAUCCUUUGCUUUUGUGUAGUCUUUGUACUACAGUCUGGAACGUUUGCAGCAGGUAUUGAGAAAGAUGGAGUGGGUCUGUUCAUAUUUGGAGACUCUACAGUUGAUCCCGGUAACAACAAUUACAUUUCUACUGUUCCCCAGUUCCGUGCAGACCAUCCUCCAUAUGGAAACAAUGGUUUCUUUGACUCACCAACAGGCCGCUUCUCUGAAGGCAGAGUAAUUGUGGAUUUCAUAGCUGAAUAUGCCAAGCUGCCACUUAUUCCACCAUUCUUCCAACCCGAGGCUGAUUUCUCUAAUGGGGCCAAUUUCGCAUCAGGUGGAGCAGGAAUUCUGCUUGAAACCAAUGAAGGAUUUGUUGUGGAUUUGCAGAAACAAUUGGAUCAAUUCGAAGAGGUUCAGAACAAGCUUGUGGAAGAAUUGGGCUCUGUUGAAGCACAGAAAAUGUUUUCAGAGGCAGUGUAUUUCUUUAGCAUUGGUAGUAAUGACUAUCUUGGGGGGUACCUUGGCAAUCCCAAGAUGCAGGAGCUGCAUCCGCCAGAAGAGUAUGUGGGCAUGGUGGUCACAAAUGUCACCAAGGCAAUACAGAUUUUGUAUUCCAAAGGAGCCAGAAAAUUUGGGCACCUGGGGCUUUCACCAUUGGGAUGCCUACCCAUCAUGAGAGCAAUAGCCAGCGACCCCAAUGGAGGAUGUCUUGGUGUGGGCUCUGUUCUGGCCAGAUCACACAACUCUGCAUUAUCCACAGCCUUCAGAGCCCUUGCUUCUGCUCUACCGGGACUUACCAUAGCCGAUUCAAAUUUCUUCGACUUUCUGAACGAUCGUUUAGAGAAACCAUCUGAAUAUGGAUUUAAAGAAGGUGUGAAGGCAUGCUGUGGGAGCGGACCUUAUGGAGGAAUAUUCAGCUGUGGAGGGCAGAGGGAAGAGAAGGAAUACGAGGUUUGUGAGGACCCAAAGAAUUAUGUAUGGUGGGAUGCAUACCACGUAACAGAGAGCAUUCAUAAACAGUUUGCAGAAGCCAUGUGGGCAGGAUCCGAUGCUGUUAUACAACCUACUAAUCUUAGGGAACUGUUCCAAACAAGAUUGGAUUCUUCCCAUGCAGCUCUAAGAGAUGAGUUGUAGGUUGUCCUGCCAAUAAUUGUAGUUUUCUUUAGACUCCUUUCAGGCAUAUUCAAAUAAACUCUGUCUGUUUAAUGGAAUAAAAACCAGUUUACAUAAAAUUUAGGGUAAUGGAAUGAAUACAAGUUGACAUAGAUGUUUGUGAAAAUUAUGUGACAGGUUGAUAUUAAAGUUAUGCAUUGGAAUGAUAACAUUAAUGUAA